GUAAUUAUUUAUAUCACUCAUAGUUAAUUUAUAUUGUUUUUGUUGUAAGUUUAUUGAUUUGCAUUAUUUGUUAUGAAAGAUAGAACCGUGCUUUUGGGCAACGUAAACUUUGACAUUGUUUUGAUACAGGUUGCUAGGGGAAACCAAAGACGACGCAGUAAGGAGUUUAUAUAAGUCCCUUAAGGGUAUACUUACAUUGCACAAGCAAAUAAAAUGGCCCUAUUCUAGGCGAUAUUGUUUAAAGCUGAUACUACCUUGAAGGAUUGGGCGCAAUCGUAUAUUUAUUUUAUAGGAAUUACUUUUAUUAAAAAAGUACAAUGAAACGAAUAAUAGCAAUAGGUACCUACUGGAAAAACCAAAGUUGCUUUAAGUACACUGGUAGAGCCAAACCUUAUUGAAGAACGUGGGAGUUAUAUUAAUCAAUCUAGCACAACUAGGCAAUAUUAAUUGAAACCCUUACAUGAGUACGUACGAGUAUUUGAAAUGCAAACCUGUUUCAUUUGCAUACCAGUAGGUAGGUAUAUUAACUCAAACAAAGCUUAGUCAACCUGUGAAAAUCACAUGAAAAUCUUUGUAGGUAGUUUAGAGGUUAGUGGGAACGUAAGAUAGGUAUGCCAGAUUCUAGUCCGCUGUUUGAACACUCGGGGUCACGCGUUAAGGUAACAAUUAUCCAAACACACAAACAUACAAUAACUCAUAGAUUUUAUAGGUAGGUAAGUGGGAUUAAUUUAAUAACGAGUGAACAUAAAUAAUAGACGUAGAGAAUAAUACACUCAUAAUAAAUGUGUGUCUCGUACGUAAAGUAAAAUAUUUACUCAAGUGGCUCGAUCAAUGAAAAAUUAUUACAUCAUGUUAAUUUUGUAAAGACCUAUCUUUUCAUAUUCUGCCUUUGUCGUGAACGAAUGUAUUAAAGUGUUCUACAAUGUUGUUAUAUCAGACUAUCACAGUUCUUCUAAUUUCGUAUACUUUUACAGUGGAAAGUGCAUCAAUAUUGGCGCUUUUUUCAUCUUUAUCAUUCUCGGACCAUCUUGUGUUUAGGGGAUACCUAUCGCUUCUAACUCAAAGUGGACAUUCAGUUGUUUUGAUGACUCCAUAUCCAGGCCAAUUCACAUAUCCAGAUGCGGAGAGAAUUGUUGAAUUAAACGUUGGACAAGAAUCAUCGGUUUAUUGGGAGGAGUAUAAGGCUUUAAUGACGAAUACCGACGAUUAUUAUUCUCGCAUGAGGGCGAUAAAUGAAUUUUCUAUAAAAUUAGCAGUGGCACAGUUGAAAUCUAAGCCAAUGACGGCAGUACUAGGGAAUCCGAAUGUUAAAUUUGACCUGGUCAUCACUGAAGCGGAUGUACCAUUGUUGUAUGCUGUUGCUGACAAAUACGAAGCUCCUCAUAUUGCUAUUACUGCUUCAAGUGGCAAGAUACAUCAUUAUGAGUCUAAGGGAUCUCCAAUCCAUCCUUUAUUGUACCCGGAUAUAAACUCGGUGAACUUCAGAAAUCUAAGUAGCUGGCAGAAAAUUGUUGAAUUCAACCGACACUUCCAAACAAGGCAAGAAUAUUAUAACACAUAUCUUCCUCUUUGCGACGUUGCAGCGAAAAAGAUUUUCGGAUUUAGAAGAAGUCUCCUGGACGUAGAACGCGACAUAGAUCUACUAUUCGUAGCCAGUAAUCCUGUAUUAAUUGGUAAUAGACCGAGUCCUCCUGCUGUUGUUUAUGUAGAUCGAAUGCAUAUUAAACCAGGCUAUCCGUUACCAGAGGAUCUCAAGGCAUUAUUAGAUUCUGCUUCCAAAGGAGUUGUUUACUUCAGUCUAGGAGCAUUCCAAGAGUCAGAGCACCUCUCGCCGCAGCUCCUGCAAACAUUAGCGGAUGCUUUUAGAGAACUGCCUUAUUUGGUGUUGUGGAAAAUCGGAAAUACUACCAUGAUAAAUGACCUGCCAGAUAACAUCAUCAGUAGCCAGUGGUUCCCACAGCAAGAAAUAUUAGCGCAUCCAAAUGUUAAAGCGUUUAUUACAAACGGUGGUUGGAGAUCUCUUGAAGAAGCUGUAUUUUAUGAAGUACCAAUAAUUGGGCUGCCAAUUGUUAAGUCUCAAAAGGUUUUCAUACAAGAGAUCACUAGACACAAUGCGGGGGAACUUCUAGAUCUCUAUUAUUUGGAAAAGCAAAACCUCGUUGAAGUUAUUUCGGCGGUUGCUUCUACCGACAAGUAUAAGGAGGCAAUGUCCAAGUUAAAGAGUGCGGCUAAUGAUCAUAUUAUAUCAGGUCCUGAAAAAGCAGUGUGGUGGACAGAAUACGUUUUGCGCAACGGUGGUGCUAAGCAUCUGAGGUCACCAGCGGUUGGAGAUAGUUACUUCAAACAUUUAGUGAUUGAUAUUGUUGGUGUUUUUUCAACAGUUUGCAUUUUAUUCCUGUCUUUGUCAUAUUUUAUCUUGCGAACGGUUAUAAGGCGGUUACGUGUUCGAUUUUGGCAGAAAUAUGAAGACUCUUCAAAAUUCAAAGCAUUAUAAUGUUUUUACUUAUGAUGACUUUUAGGUAAUUUAUCUACCAUUAAAAUUAAAAUUAUUA